GCCAGUUUCCCUUGGCGUGAGGAACUCCGCCUUCUGUUUCCCAGCGUGCCUUGCAGGGAAUAGGAAAGAGAAAGAAGGAAGGAAAGUCCUGAAGUGGGAGGGAAAAAACUCUUCUGAAAAGCCGAAGCUGAUUCCCAAAGAGAGAGGACUUCUCGAUUGCGGCAGUCAUGGCCCCCAAUAAAGACGCCUCUGGCUGCCUUGGCUCACCCCCAGGCUUGAUCUGCUUGCCGCCCAUCUCUGAGGACCUCCAGCUGGUGUGGACCCAGGCAGCCCAGACCAGUGACCUGGAUGGCAACCAGCACCUGCUGCAAACCUUCAGCUACUUCCCAUAUCCCAGCCUUUCUGACCUGGCUCUGCUCUGCUUGCGUCACGGCCUGCACAUGGAGAAGGUUAAGGCUUGGUUCAUGGCACAGCGGCUGCGCUGUGGCAUCAGCUGGAGCGCCGAGGAGAUCGAAGAGACUCGUGCUCGUCUCAUCUACCACCAGGACCAGCUUCACUUCAGUUGCCUGCUUACUGGGAAUGAGAGUGACUCCUGGCACCAGACUUGUAAAAGCCCAUCGUACCACCAGCUGGCUCCCCACUCUCUGCACUACUCCAGUAAAUAUCCAGAGAACCAGCAAUCUUCUGUAACUUCCUUAAAUCAUUGUAACGCAGCUCAAGGAGCAAGGGAACUUGGGAGGAUUGCUCAGGACAUUUGGAAAUUGAAGGAAAAUGCCUCAUCCCACCAUAAGAAACCUCAGGAAAAUUGUGAACCUUCAGGGAUCAUUGUGAAUUUUCAGAAUACCAAAGACACUCUUUCUGGUGCUUAUCCACCCAUCACAACUACCAGCCGGGACCAGAAUUCCCAUACUAUGGCAUGGAGCCUCCCCGCAGCGUCCCGACCGCAAGUUGAGUCCAUCACGCCUGCAGUUAAUGGUGGGCCUCACCCAAUGAUUCUUCCGCUGGGUUCUUCCAUUAAAGUUGCCCCCUCCUCCUCUAAAGUGGCAGCCGGCAUUGCUAACUCAAGCAACCGACAGAACCAUCAGUACUCUGUUGGUGACCAGCAUGCUUCAGCUUCUCUGCCAGAUGUUUUACGGAAACCUAGGCGGAAGACAAAAGAACAGCUGGAUGUAUUAAAGUCCUUCUUCCUCCAUCAGCAGUGGGCCAGGAGAGAGGAUUAUCAUCAGCUGGAGAAGAUAACUGGGCUACCACGAGCAGAAAUCAUCCAGUGGUUUGGAGACACGCGUUACGCCCUGAAACAUGGCCAGCUGAAAUGGUUUCGGGACAAUGCGGGGCAGAGUCCAGAGCCUGCUUCCUCAGGGCCUCCUCAUCAGCUGUGUACAAACCAUCCAGAUACGAGCCCGCUGGAACACUAUUGGGCCACGCACGUGCAGUUGCAGGAGAACGACUUGCCAGUGCUCUGCCACAAAUCAGGAAUGGGAGCGGAGCAAGUGCUGAAGUGGUUUCACUCACAUUUGCCAGCCCCCUGCGAGGUAGAAGUGUGUUUGGGAGAUGAGGAUGAAGUAGAUGAGGAGGUGGCUGCAGCAAUGAUAAAGGUGGAAGAUGAAGACUAUUAUGAAGAAGAUGAGGAUGUUGAAGAUGAGGAUGAGGAUGAGGAAGACUGGACUGCUUAGAGCUUUAGUGUGGAUGCUGGCGACUUUGGACUUCUCCAGUGAGCAUGUGGAAGGAUCAAUGAGAAAUAGUAAAUCUUGUGAGCAAGGUUUCCACUCCAACAAUUUCCUGCUGUUAGCAGUGCCCCCACACCCUUUAUGUUCUAGAAUCUUGUUUUUUUUUUCCAUUGAGCCUCUGAAUUUAAAUGCAAAAAUUGUUCUAUUUUCAUUCAGUGCUUAUCAAGUCGGAAUCAAGGUGGUAUUAGAAAUGGGGCUUCCAACCCUUUAGACGUGAGUGGCCAUAAUACUGAAUUACCCUUCAGUAAUCUGCUGGGUUUCAAAUAAUUUCUUUGAUAAAACUUUCAUCAGUUAAUUGCAUUUCUUGAUUUCAUAUUCGUUUCCUCUAGAAUCAUAUUGCAUUUUUCUUUCUCAUUAAUUAUAAAUUUGUGGUUUAGACCACUGUCACUUAAACCCUAGAGCCCAGCACUGCCCAACUAUAAAUUUGUAUUUCUUCUCAUUAUAAUGAGGCUUGGAAUGCAAACAUCCUUACUCUUGGAUGCACCUGUCUUGAUUCUGUUUGUUCCAAUUCAUUUAUUUAUUUUUAUUCUUCCUUCUAGAUUUGAAGUCGGAUCAUUCAUUACAAGAGUUGCCAAGAUUUGGCCCUUUCCAGGCAACCCCUCUUUCAAAUUCCAUGAAAGUCAUACAUAAUAUUUGACUAGUCUAAGUUCAUACAACAACUAUAUUUUAUUCUCCUGAGUGAAGGAACAGUUUAAGCAAUUAUUUGCUUGUCAAUGCUUGUGUUUUGUUUAAUAAGCCAGUUCUUUGACAUCAAAGAAGUAUAGAAGACAGACUAAGGCUUUUUCCUGUUUUCAUGCCUUCCAGAUAUGUUGGGACUUAAAAUGUCAGUUGCUAGACUGGUACUUAAGAUGGUGAUUGUAGAUGUUUAUUCAAAUUAAUAUUUUGUCACUUAUCUUCCAUUUUCAUUCUCUGUUUCGUUUUUUAAAAAAUCAUUUUUGGUACAUCUUCCUUAUCAUGUGACUUUCACAUCAUUUUUCUUGGUUGUUCUGCUAUCUUUUCCUUGUUCCAUUAGUGCCUUGAUUCACCAGCUUUCCCUGCCAUCCAGUUUCUUCCUUUCAGGUCAUAUAUCUGUUCUGUACUAGUUGGUUGAUGUAGUGGACUGAAUGCCAUUUAGAGAUAAAGUAAGAUAAAAAGGGUGGGCUCUUGCGAAAGAAUUGCAAAUAUUGGAAAACACUGCUGAUUGCUUGGUAUCUUCAUUUCAUUUGUCAAACUGUCAUUAUCCCGAGAUUGAGGGGAAGAUAAACCCAUACGUUCUGAAAAUAGCUUUUGAUACUAAUUUGAAAGUGAUGAAGGUAAAGAUGAAUUUGGAGGUUUGUGAAAGUAUGAAGAGGUAGAAGACUAGACAGAGGGAGAUUAAUCAUCUGUAUUUUAAAAAUUCUAUUUAUUAAAUCUCAUUUUCAAUUUUUUAAAUAGACUCUCUACAAAAAUAGCAUCUGCCUCUCCAGGCAGGAGAAUCUAAAAGUACUGAAAUAAGCUAAUCAACCUUAGAUAAAGAGAAGGUGGUGUGUGGACUGUACUGCACUUAGUGGAAAGUUCAAAGACUUGUCCAAAAUGGAGCUAAGUGGAACAAUCUGAUUUGUGGAUUGAUUACUCAAUAAAUGGCCAUGAAUUAAUAGAUAAUUAUGUUCAGUAAAUUAUAUCUGUCUUUUUCCUCUUUCUAAGAAUAGCCUUUUUUAAGGUUUACCUGUUAUGUUUCAGUCUGGGAAGCAAACUUGGUUGCAAAUAAAAUAAUCUUAUAUUAUGUGCAACCUGGAUCAAAUUGUUUGAAUAUUUCAUCUUGGAGUUACACAAUGCAUUUUAGCUCAGAAAACAUAAAACGUAAUGUAUGUUCUUCUUAGCAAAUAAACCUAGUCACAAAGUAAGAUUGGAACUAGGACCCACAGGUUACUUAAUGUGUUAUAACUGAAAGUUAAAACACUGUGUAUCAAUAAUGCUACAGCCAAGUUCACUAGCUACAGUUUUAACCAUUUUCCUCAAACAAAGACUUUAGAGGGAUUUUAAAAUAAUGUCACAUAUACUAAAUACCAUAAACAUAUUUUGUGUUGUAUAAUUAAGAAUUUUAUUUAUAUAUUUAUUUAUUUACUAUGGUUUGUAUAACAGUCAGCUUCAAACAACUCUGAGUGGCUUACCUCAAGUAACAAAAAAACAUUAAAAUAGAAUCUUAAUAAUCAAAACAAUGUCCCCUAAUGGCACCACUCAGUUACUAAUGGAUU